AUAGGAAUGGAGGGAGUAUUUAUUAUUUAUAAAGUUAAACCUUAAACACUCUCUUCAUAAAUUAAAAUUUUCUACUUUUAGAACCGUCUGACCCAAGGGAAUUGGCGGUCAGAAGAAUGGAGGUACUGGAAUGUUAGGAACUGGCUCCUCCAGCGACGUUUCUGUCAAUAUUGUUUCUCCCGAUUGGAAGCUUCAUCAAAUUUCCCAAGUCUAGCACCCUGAGUCCGCAUAAUCCAUCUAUGGAAUUGGAUGACUGGGAACCUAGUGCGCAUGAGCUUGAUUCUCUGGAGCAAGAUGCCCUGAAACAAAUCGCCGAGCGCAACUCGUCAUCUUAUUCUGCUACCACCUCUCUCCAGCAUACUCAGAAAGGUGCUCAAUCUCAACCAUCUAGAAUAACGACUUCAGUUGGGUCAACUAAAACAGCUGGGCACCAUGAAGAUAAUUUGUUAAGAAAGCCACAAAAACGUUUUGUUAAAAUUUUUCUCCAUGCAAGUGGUAAUAUAGCUGCAAGAUUCCUGUUUGAUCAGCAACUUGUUGAUGCCUUCCGCAAAAUACCUAAAGCUGGUUGGAAUGCAAAAGAAAGAUUGUGGAUGUUUCCGCUGUCAUCGUUGUCAUCUGCAGAAAAAGUCCUAAAUGAAAUUUCUAGCUUAAACGUGGAGAUUGAGAGCUUAGAUCCGUUGGUGCGGCGUGCUAUUGCUGCAGCCAAUGAAGUUUGUGAUAUUCAAGAUCGCUAUGAAUACAUUCCUGAAAGCAUUGAAAAAAAGCUAAUGCCUUUUCAGCAGGAUGGUGUACGAUUUGCCUUGCAACAUGGUGCUCGUGUCUUUCUAGCUGAUGAAAUGGGACUUGGAAAGACACUUCAGGCCAUUGCUGUAAGUUGUUGUAUCCGUGAAUCAUGGCCUGUUCUUAUUAUUACUCCAUCUUCUUUGCGUUUGCAUUGGGCUUCUAUGAUUCAACAGUGGCUUGAUAUUUCACCUUCUGAUAUACUUGUGGUUUUAUCCCAAUCAAGUGGUUCAAAUAGGGCAGGAUUCAAAGUGGUGCCAUCUAAUGCAAAGAGAUCUAUCCAACUUGAUGGUCUCUUUAAUAUAAUUUCCUAUGAUAUUGUUCCUAAGCUAAAGGAUACCUUAAUGGCAUCAGAAUUCAAGGUUUUCUUAAACUUGGAAGAAAAGGAGAUGAAGUCUAUCAACGCUUUAUUCCGUGAGUUGGAGCUUGUCAAAGGAAAAAUUAAAUCAAGCCAAUCCAAGGAUGAUUAUGAAUCACUAAAGUUAACCGAGAAGAAUCUUAUAAGUAAGAUAUAUAUUGCUUCUGCGGAGGGCAAGAUUCCAUCGGUUUUGGAUUACUUAGGAACGGUUAUUGAGGCAGACUGCAAGUUCCUUAUAUUUGCUCAUCACCUACAAAUGAUUGAUUCGAUACACCAGUAUUUGCUUAAAAAGAAAGUUGGCUGCAUUCGCAUUGAUGGCAGUACUCCCGCAGCAUCACGUCAAGCUUUGGUUACAGAUUUCCAGGAGAAAGAAUCAAUAAAGGCUGCAGUGCUAUCUAUCAAAGCCGGAGGUGUUGGAUUGAAUUUGACAGCAGCAAGCACAGUCAUAUUUGCAGAGCUAUCUUGGACUCCGGGUGACCUUAUUCAAGCAGAAGAUCGUACUCAUAGAAUUGGCCAGGCAGCAUCGGUCAAUAUAUACUAUCUUCUGGCAAAUGACACCGUUGAUGACAUAAUUUGGGAUGUUGUUCAAAGUAAACUGGAAAAUUUGGGACAGAUGCUUGAUGGAGAAGAGAAGUCUCUAGAAGUAUCAGCAGGUCACUCAAAUAAAAGUCCUAGGAAACAGAAGACACUUGAUUCCUUCAUGAAGCGUUGCAGCACCCCAUCAUUGGACAAUGAGCCGAUGCCAAAAUGCCCGCGGCGUUAAUCAUCAACGAAAACUAUUAGUGUUGGAACAUUUGUUUUGGAAAGUACUGUUUCAAAUCAACCCUUCACUAUACUGUAUCUUCUAUGGUCAGUUUGUGCAUUAUUUUUGGUAUUAUGCAUGGUGCUCCUAUUAGUUGAGCCUGCAUGUUUUCUCAUUUCUUAAAAAAAUGGGCAUUUUUUUUGGGAAAUUCCUUGUUGAGCAAUAUGGCAAGACAUGAGAAAACACUUCUUUUGUCUAUCUUGACUAAAGAUACACAAGAUAG